AGAAACGGGCCGGUUGGCUCUCGGGAAUCCGAUCCCGAGAGGAGCGAUCCAGGCCCAGGACUCCUGGGAGGGCCCCUGGGCAGAAGGGAGGGAGGACUGGAGUUUCUAACCCCCUGCAGGAACCGAGCCGGGAGUGGGGUGGGAUGAUGGUGCUACCUCUGCACGGCAGCCCAACACCCAUCUCCUUGGAAGGGAGAGCAAGCAAGGCAGACGUACUAAAGGAGAGAGACAGAGACCUGAGUACGUCUUGGGAAAAGGAGAGGAGACAACCAGGAAGGAGCUUGGAGACAUUAGGAUGCAACAGCAUUUCAGGAAUAUGGAAAAUGCCAGCAAAGAGGCAGACCAGACAGACAUCCCCACCAGGGGCAGUGGAUUCAGCUGAGCAGUCAGUGAAGCACCCUGCUAGACAGAGCUCCAGAACACCAGACAAAUGCGUUUACCUCUAUGUGAGUUUGGGGCUGGGGGUGCUCCUGCUCCUGGUUGUGGUUGUUCUGUCUGCCUGUCUGUGUCGGCUCCAUCGGAGAGGAGAACUGACCUCACCCUCCUGGGCCUGGAAGAGGACUCCAUAUUCAGCUUCCACCACGCCUGCUCCCCUGGGAUAUCUAUGUCCAGCCUCCCCCAUCCUCCCUCCUCUCAGCCCCACACCCCACAGGGCCCUGGGAGAAAGCUCUAUCACCUGGAUGGACCAUGGUAAAGACGAGCAACAGCAUCCGGGCCAUGUCGGAGGGUGUUCCAGUUGACGAGGGGACCUUGAGCAGUGAGGU